ACCACAUAUCGAAUACACAAUGUUCGGCCGACCGUUCCAAUUUAGAACAAACACUUAUCCGUCUUAUACAAGCCAAGUGAAAAGACGCGUUUUUUUUUCUCUUCUGACGGCAAUUACUUUCGACCAUUCUGGAAUUACGAGCAAAUUAUUUCUUGUGAAAGUGAUUAGUUUUUACAACGACAUUUUACAAUGCUCGUUUUGCGAUAUCUUUUUGAACAAAUCGCCAAAUUACUGGCACUCAGAGAUACGCGAUUACAACACCUGCCAUUUACGUCGGUUGAAAGUCUCAUUACAGUAGUGACGUUGUAUUUAUUCUUCGUGUUAAAAUGGGGACCAAAUUUCAUGAAAAAUCGAAAACCAUAUAACCUGAAGACGGUGUUGCUCUUUUACAAUGGUUUUCAAGUGCUUUGCAAUUUCUCCCUUUUCGCAUAUUCUAUUUACCAAAUUAAUAUGUCGGAAAAUGUGUCAGAAUAUAAGAUAAAUUAUUUCUGCGAGGAACUGGACUAUUCUGAGAGCUGGAUCGGUACGCAAUGCGCAAUAUUGGCCUACUUCUAUUUUUUGAUCAAAAUUCUCGACCUACUUGAUACGGUAUUCUUUGUGUUGCGGAAACGAACUCGACAAAUCUCAUUCUUGCAUGUGUAUCAUCAUAUGGCCAUUUAUGUCGGCGGUUUUAUUGGCAUAUCAUGGGCACCAGGUGGACAUCCGUGGUUGUUUUGUCUUUUAAAUUUAUUCGUCCAUAUCAUAAUGUAUUCAUACUACUUUGGUACUGUAUGCAACGAAAAACUAAAAACAAAUCUGUUCAUAAAACGUUCCAUCACCCAAAUGCAAAUUAUUCAGUUUGUAUUUGCAAUAACCCACUUGAGUUUGCCGUUUUUCGUCCAAGACUGUGGCUAUCCACGAAUAUUGUUAUACAUCGGCAUUUCACAAAAUGCAAUUAUGCUACUGCUAUUUUCGGAUUUCUACUAUAGAGCCUAUAUGAAGCCAAAACAAAAUUCAUCGAAUGUCAAAAUCAGUAAAAAGAAUUUCGAAGAACCGAACGAAAAAAUGACGAAUCCACGAUUGCAACACCUGCCAUUUACGUCGGUUGAAAGUCUCAUUACAGUAGUGACGUUGUAUUUAUUCUUCGUGCUAAAAUGGGGACCAAAUUUCAUGGAAAAACGAAAACCAUAUAAUCUCAAGUCGAUGUUGCUCUAUUACAAUGCUUUUCAAGUGCUUUGCAAUUUCACCCUUUUCGCAUAUGGCAUUUACCAAAUUAAUAUGUCGGAGCAUAUGUCAGAAUAUAAGAUAAAUUAUUUCUGCGAGGAACUGGACUAUUCGAAUAGUUGGAUCGGUAGGCAAUGCGCAAUGGGGACAUACUUCUAUUUUUUGAUCAAAUUGCUCGACCUUCUCGAUACGGUAUUCUUUGUGUUGCGGAAACGAAAUCGACAAGUCUCAUUUUUGCAUGUGUAUCAUCACAUGGCCAUUUAUAUCGGUGCUUUUAUUGGCAUAUCAUGGGCACCAGGUGGACAAGCGUGGUUGUUUGGUCUUUCAAAUUCUUUCGUCCAUAUCAUUAUGUAUUCAUACUACCUUGGUACUGUAUUCAGCAAGAAACUAAAAACAAAUACGUUCAUAAAACGUUCCAUCACCCAAAUACAAAUCAUUCAAUUUGUGUGCAUAAUAAUCCACUGUAGUUUGCCGUUUUUCGUCCAAGAUUGCGGCUUCCCACGAAUAUUGUUAUUUUUCGGCAUUUCACAAAAUUUAAUUAUGCUAGUGCUAUUUUCGAACUUCUACUACAAGACCUACAUAAAACCAAAACAAAAUUCACCGAAUGUCAAAUCCAGCUAAAAGCGUUCCGAAGAACCCAACGAAAAAAUGAUGAAAAUCUCUUAAUAAUUAAGUUUAAUUAUAUCAAGUAAUUGUUCAUAAUAAUGUACUUAAACGUAUCCAUUGGUUCAAAU